AUGUGUCUCGUCGCUAGUGAAUGUCGUGUCGGUGAUGAAAAAUAUUUCGAUCACUAUUUCGAUACUCUUGCUAAUAUCGAUGCGGGUCGUGACAUAUUUCACUACCUCGCGCGUGUUGAUUUGACUGGAUUCAAGCCGCAAUCGUUCCCUCUCACGAAGUAUAAGAAGGAACUCAAAGCAAAGCAAACAAAUAACGUCGUGAAGUGGCUUCUGAAUAUGCAUGAGACACUAAGUGGGCCGAAACGAGCGGAGAGUCUCGGAUCAUGUCUCUCAAUGUAUUUAGUGGAUUACUAA